AUAACCAUGCAGGUUGCAAGUGAAAGGAAGCGUCUGUGUGAUUAGGACUAUCACAAGGAAAAAAAGAAGACGAAGGGACUUUGUUGGCUGCUAAAUCAGUAACAAACGUGUUUUUUCUGUUACCAUGGAUACAGCAGAUGAGAGUUUUGAAGAUGACAGCCUAGGCAUUCAGGCAUUCCAUGUAGAGUCUGAUGAGGAUGACCUUGACCUUGAUGUCCCUCCUACUACUGGGAAUGAAUACCUCAGACGUGUUAGGAUGGAGGCAAGCGGUUGUCCGAAAGUUGUUGUUGCAGAAGACCUUGAUGUUCACUCACUUAACAAGAAACAGACAGUCCAUGUGAAAAUGUGGAUAGGUGACCAUCAGCCAGCUCCAAGAGGCUUUGCUCCCAGUUUACAGUGGCAAAAUAUGCAGGUUGCAAACUUUGCUGAACAAAGACAAAGGCUUGUGAGGUACAAAGCUAAGAGAAAAACACUGAAAGUAGAAAAAUUGCCUACGGUGCCACAUGCAAAUGAUGUUGAGGCAUGGUGUAGAUUAUGUUUUGGUCGCCUCAGACCUCCAGCCAGGCUCGGACAGGACCCUUCUGUUACUAAAUCAGAAUUGAUGGAUCCUUCUGUUGUAAAGCCAGAAUUGAUGGAUCCGUCUGAUGUAAAGUCAGAAAUGAAUACCACAGACAAUGAAUUACAUAUUAAAAUGGAGUCUGACAGGGAGAUAAAUGAUACUGAAAAAUCAGGAAGUACAUCGGCAGUAUUUCCUUCCCAUGAGGGUAUUUUACCUUUAGUGAGUGUGAUGGUUGCUAUGGAUCAGACAACAGUGAUCAAGGUACUAGAAUAUCAUCUCAACUGGUUUGAAGCCACUGGAUUUACAGAAAGACAGGGUUAUUGGUUUUACGCUUUGUUAGUCAGUUUAGAAAAGCCGUUACUACCUGAUGCCUGUUCCUUGCUACGAGGUCUGGCGAGAGCAUGUUCAAGAUUACGUGCAUCUUUGGAAAGCCCUGAUGACCCAAGACUGACACCACUGAACUUAUUCAUCUGUUUGAUAUCAAGAUAUUUUGACCAAUCAGAUCUUAUGGACAGUGUCACAUGACAUGUGAUGGACAGUUGUUUUAUCAUUUUUAAAGUUAUUAAUGGAAAAUUAUUGAUGAAAAGCUGAGAUUUCAAUACUUGUUUGUGUACAUGUAUGGCCAGAUUCAACUAUUGUACCCCCCGGCAACAAAGUUGUAAGGGGGGGUAUACUGGUUUCAGGUUGUCUGUCUGUCUGUCUGUCCGUCUGGUCGUCUGUCCGUAGACGCAAUCUUGUGCGCACCAUCUCUCCUUAUCCCCUUGACAGAAUUUAAUGAAACUUCACACAAGUGAUCAGUACCAACAGUAGUUGUGCAUGGGGCAUGUUAGGUUCUUUUAGAAAAAAAAUUUGCAGAGUUAUGGGAUUUCGUUUUUUUGUUACUAUACUAUAUACAUAGACACAAACUUGUGCGCACCAUCUCUCCUCAUUCCCUGGACACAAUUUAAUGAAACUUCACACAAGUGAUCAGUACCAACAGUAGUUGUGCAUGGGGCAUGUUAGGUUCUUUUAGAAAAAAAUUUUGCAGAGUUAUGGGACUUUGUUUUUUUUGUUACUAUACUAUAUACAUAGACACAAUCUUGUGCGCACCAUCUCUCCUCAUUCCCUGGACACAAUUUAAUGAAACUUCACACAAGUGAUCAGUACCAACAGUAGUUGUGCAUGGGGCAUGUUAGGUUCUUUUAGAAAAAAUUUUUCCAGAGUUAUGGGACUUUGUUUUUUGUUACUAUACUAUAUACAUAGACACAAUCUUGUGCGCAGCAUCUCUCCUCAUCCCCUUGACACAAUUUAAUGAAACUUCAUACAACUGAUCAGUAACAACAGUAGUUGUGCAUGGGGCAUGUUAGGUUCUUUCAGCGACAAAAAUUGCAGAGUUAUGGGACUUUGUUUCUUGUUAACAUACUAUGUUCAUACAGUCUGCAUAUGCAAUCUUGUGCGUGCCUAAUCUACCAAACCCUUGCACACAAUUUAAUGAAACUUCACACAAGUGAUCAGUACCAACCCUAGUUGUGCAUGGGGCAUGUUACAUUCUUUUAGAUAAAUAUUCUGCAUAGUUAUGGGACUUUGUUUUUUGUUACUAUACUGUAUACAUACAGUCUAUAUACAUACAGUCCACAUAAUUAUGCAGUCUUGUGUGUGUCAAAUAGCAAUGUACUGUGUCAGUGCAUGCGGGGGGUACAUUCAUCACCUUUAGUGAUAGCUCUAGUUUUAAAAUUGUAAAGUGACAAAUUUGACUCCAGAUAAAGAGAUGAAAAUCCCACACAAACGUGUACUGGUACAAAGUAUGAAUUGGGAACCUCUUUAUGUUUGCUUUUAGUCUGAAACAUAGUAUGAAGAGUGUAUGAUGAAACAUGCAGCAUAUAAUUUUGAAAAUUGUUCCAUUUACAUUCAAUUUGAAAGAAUAUGUCCCUGGAUGAGAAUUAUAUUCUUGUAUAUCUGUGUUUAGUAUUUUAUUUAUAACUGAAACUGGAAGUAUACCAGUGCUGCAUUAUGUCUAAGCCUUUGUUAAUCC